GCCCCUAUUGACCCACAUCUAUGGUGCUUAUAGCGACUGAUAACGCCUAUUUAAUGGCCUGAUAACAAUUGAAUCGGGUGCCAUGUCUCAAAGUAUGUGGACACCUGAAUUUUCAACUCAUAGGUGAUAGUUGAACAUAUAAACCCAAAAUCAUGGGCCUUAUCAAAGGAAACUAAAUGUGGACAGGCAAGUCUUUUUACUUUUGGCAAAAUAGUAUAAUCAUACCAUAAACAAACCCCUUUGCAAACAGUCAUGUCAGUUAUUAGCUUCAUCAAAAUUCCCAUUAAGAUAUGUAACAAUGUAAAUCUUAUUAUCUUAUUACAUUUUCUUUCUUUUAUUACCAAUUCCAGCGUGAAAAUAAACAAUUUCCCCAUAGUAAGCACAAUGUGUGCACACUGUGUGAGUGAAGGAGUUAGAGAGCAUUAUCAUCACCAUGCAGUUGUUUUUUAGAGUUGCACUACUGAAUUGCUUUAUUUCAAUGUAUUGCACAUUCUGUCCGUUUGGGUAGGUUUGCACAAUAUCAUUUCAGGAGCCCUCGGUGCCUUUGUAGAAACCCUUGUGAAAUAAAUGCACUGAAGGGGUUAAUUAGUUCACGAGCUACUGCGCAGCACACACACACACACACUUACACACUGCUGUCUAAAUUUAAAUUCCUCAGCAGAAAGACGGAGGAAGUCAGGAUGACCAUUGCUUCCUCGCUGAAGGAUACGUCUCAUCCGCCUGCAUGUGUUGCCCAUUAAACGCCUUUUUCCCAUCAGUAAUUGUAGUUAAACUGUCAGGCACCAGGCAAAUAGAAGACUCACUGUUCCCUCUAAAUUAAUUGUGGUUUUCAAUCCGGCUGGAUCCAUCAGACAUCACGGGAUGCGCCUGCUGUAAAAGACCAUCAUGUCAACCUCCUCUGACAUCCUACAGUUCUGUUUCCCCACCCACGGCGACUCCAUCCUAAGCAAAAUCAACACCCUAAGGGAGGAGCACCGCUUCUGUGACAUCACGCUCCUCCUUGGGGGUCAACGGGGCGCCACUGUCCGGCCCCUCCAUUUCCACGGUCACAGGGCGGUGCUCGCGGCGUCCUCGGACUUCUUGCGUGACCAAUUCCUGCUCCACGAAGACCGGGCCGAGCUGAGCAUGGGCGUAGUGUCCAGCGUGGAGGUCGGCAGGAGACUUCUCCUGUCCUGCUACACCGGGCUCUUAGAGGUCCCUCUGAGAGAACUGGUGAGCUACCUGACUGCCGCCAGUGCGCUCCAGAUGAGUAAGGUGGUGGAGAAGUGUGCCCAGGCCGUCUCCCAGUACCUCAGUCCCACACUGGCUUUUUUGAAUCUGGAGAGACACUCAGAGGAGAAGGAAAUCCAGCAGCCGCCAGACAGCAACUGCUGGCCAGGUACCAGUCUCAACAAUCAGGAGGAAAAGGAUGCAGCCCUGCCCAGCACCAGCAUCCAGGAAGCAAGCACCGAGGAUGUGAUUCAGUCCAAAAAGUCGAGGUUCAGCCAAGGAGCUGAGGUCGAUGUUCAAGGACUGAGGGAGGUCAGAGAUGAUAGGAGGGUGGUUAUAGCUAAAAUAGAGUUAUCUGAAGAUGCAGCAAGUUGUCUUGAUACACCGGAGUCAGAGGAAGGUGGAGACAUCCAGCCUGUUCACACAAACAACCAAGUCUGCCAUGUUACAGGUGCCCUGCAAUGUAAGCAACACCCUCCUCAAGAUCAUUUAUCAUCCACAACCAGAGGAAGUUCUCAACACGAAGAAUUGGUGUACAGUUCACAGAAUCAACAUGAAGAAACACAGGAAGAGCAAAGAGAAGAGGAAGAAAUGUUCUUGCUGGCAGCUCAACUGCAAGAAUGCGGAGAGCUGAUGGAAUCCGAUCUGUUCCGCCUCUCCGGAGCAAAGAGUCAUUGUUCUGGAGAUGAUGAUCUGGCAGAAGGUUCAGACGGCGUCUCGAUCCAGAGGCCGUACCUGUGCCGGAGGUGCGACAGAGUCUUCCAGCACAUGCAGAGCUACGUGGGCCACCUGAAGGAGCACAGACAGCACAUGUGUUUGGUCUGCGGGAGAGGCUUUUCCCAGAGGAGCAACCUGACCCGCCACGUACACGUCCACACCGGGGUCAAGCCUUUCCGAUGUCCGCUGUGCCACAAGACGUUCUCCCAGAAGGCCAUGCUGCAAGAACACCUCGAUCUGCACACAUGGGAUAGUAAGCCCCAUGAGUGUAAGCACUGCGCUGUGCUCUUCGCUCACAAGCCAGGCCUCAGGCGCCACCUGAAGGACGUUCAUGGUAAGGGUAGCCUGCAAAACAUGGAGGAAGCUGUGCACUUAUGACAAACAAGCAGUUUUAGCUCAAGUGUUGUUAAUGCAGGGGCCUAACAGUUGUUUGUUUCUAUUACUUUGGGAACAUGUCAAAUAAGGUAUCUCAAAAUCUCAAAUUAUCUCCCUUUCUGCUACAUCAGUAUCUCCCAUAACAGUGAUAAAAGAUCAGUGAGUUCAUGCAUUUGCACUGUAUCAUCUGGCUAAUGGAAAUUCCUUCUGUGCCUUCUGCAGCGUUUUCCUGAUCUCUGCUGGUACAAUACAUUGAAUUAAGUCCUGUAGCAUGCAAUGUACACUUUUCAUUAUGCUAUAGAUAGUCUGGCAUGUAUAAUAGUGAAUGCAGUCUCAUAUAGGGUUGAGUUGGGGCAUUGUUUCCACAGCCGAUUAGACUUUUAUCAGGCCAUUAAAUAGGUGUUAUCGGUCACUAUAAGCACCAUAGAUGUGGGUCAGUCGGGGCCCACUACACCCAAUAUUAGGUUUUAUCAUCUAUUCACAUGGUACAUCACAGA